AUGAGGCUUCAGAUUCUCUUUUCUGUGUUCACUCUCGGCUAUGCUUGUGAUUUGACAAAAGAGAAAAAUUGGCCUAAUGGUACUUUUUCGGCGUUUCACUGGUGGCAAUGUGGUGGAACAACGACCUAUUUCUCGGCAAAGACAUUGGAUUUGAAAGGUCAAAGCGCUUACCCGAUCCAUCUCACCGAGCCAUUGAUCGUCGAAACUGAAUGGGAGACGAAAGCUGAGUUUUCAAAGGGAACCAUCGCUACGAUCACUCUUUGGUCUUAUGGUGGAGUGCUCGGUUGUCAAUGGAGUGAGGUCCCCACUCUUGGAUUGCUCUCUCGUCUUGAUGCUUGCUCUCAUGGUGUGCCCUGCCCGAUUCCAUCUGGAAAACAAAUCACCCGAAUCACUCUCGACUUUAGCAAUUUUGGUUCAGUGAUUCGUCUCUUGAAAGACAACACACCGUAUCAGCUGCAAUAUGAGCUCAAAGAUGAAUCCACUGGAGAAUCCUCGUGUAUGCUUUCUCAGGCUCGUGCUUUCACCAAA